AUGUAUCACUUCGUAUUCUUGUUAUGCACUUUUAUAGUGCCGUUCACGCAAUCAUUUACGGUUGUUAAUAAUGUCGAGGAUGAUAUUUCAAUAGAUGAUGUAAGUGAUUACGAGGUGGUGCCUGUUCGACAUAUGCUCCAUAAACCAAGUAUCAAUGAAUUAACACUUCAUACAAAAAUAAAUGGUGUAGAGCGUGAACUUUACUUGCAACCUACAGAAGGUUUACUUGCAGGAACGGGGACGAAGGUUUUUACAGCCCAAAGAGGUUAUCAAAGAAACGUUUAUUUUCAAGAAAUACCGAAUGUUAUGAACAACAUCUUUAUAAAUUUUUAUCAAGAUCCUACAACUUAUUCAUCCGUUACACACAGUGUUAAUAAAUAUGGCAAAUCCGAAUUUAAUGGAAUUAUUAAUAAAAACAUGGUAAUCCGUCCACUGCCUAAGAAAUUUCGACAACGUCGUGAUCUGUUGAAAAGCAAUACUUCAUCAUUUGAAAGUGUAGCCGAUGGUUUUAUUGAUACUACUGAACAUAUAAUUUAUAAACAAACUUUCAACAAUGCUUUUCAAGUUGCAACACCUAAAAUGGACAAUAGAUUUUCAAAUAUUCAUAGAGUAUCUCGAAGUCCUGACGCAGAGUUACCGGACAUAGUGUAUCCAGAAAUUUUGGUUUUCAUUGACGACGUACUUUUCAGAAAAUUAGAAUUUAACUUGAUACGUGCAGUAGAAUACACAUUGAGCUUUUGGAAUGGAGUUGAUUUAAGAUUUAGAGAAUUUGAAGAACCAAAGAUUCGUCUUAAUAUUGCUGGAAUUGUAUUAAUUAAGGAAACAUUGCCAUUUUUAAGUAUCGCUAUUGGCAAUCAUCGAGAAGAAAAAAUAAAUACAAACGCAUUGUUAGAAGCAUUUAGAGAGUUUUUGCAAAAAGAUAAAUUUAUUCAAGGCGAAAAAAAUUAUGAUAUUUCUAUGUUGUUAACUGGAAGAGAUAUGGUGGGGGAUAGAACAGGACGUUCUAGUAUAAUAGGUUAUGCUUUUUUUGGUAAAAUAUGUGAGAAUAGGGAGAAUUUUCAAUCUUGCGGAAUAGUUGAAGAUAGAAGUGGUUACGGAGGAAUAGAUGCUACUGCUCACGAAUUAGGUCAUAUCCUUGGUGCACCUCAUGAUGAGGAAUUAAAGUCAGACACAUAUAAUGCUAAGUAUUGUAGUCAAAAGGAAGGUUAUAUAAUGAGUUAUAAUUAUAAAACCAAAAACAAGAUUUUCUUCUCUCCUUGUUCGAAAGAGUAUAUUAAAAAUACUUUGAGAAAAGAGUAUGCAAAAUGCGUUCAAAAUAAUCCUGCUGAAUAUAGAAACAACAGACCGCUACCUAGAAUAUUACCUGGUCAAUUAAUGUCUUUAGAUCAACAAUGCAAAAAUCUUGGUUUAGUAAAAUGCUACCAUGAGCCAACAACGUGUUUGGAUCUUUGGUGUGUCGCAGCCGCAAGUGAUGGAUCUGAAUACUAUAAGUCAUUUAGUAAUCCACCAGCGGAAGGAACUUUUUGUGGCAAUGGAAAGUAUUGCUUAUCAGGAGAGUGUGUAGAUAUUCAAAGAUACUCAAAAAAACAAAAUAUUCAACCAGUGCCAAAGAAGCCAUAUAAUUUAAAGGCGACUGUCCAUGCAAAAAAUCCAAUCCCUACAAGAGUGUCAACAACGACAAAGACACCUGUCGUUGUACAGCAACCGACCAAUUUAAAACUAGCAUCAAAAAAUAAUAUAAAGCUUUGCAUCAAUGGAAAGUGUAAAGAACAGGAGGUUAAUGACGACCAUUUCAAUUACUAUAAGGAACUAUUUAAAAGCCUUCAUUAAAUAUUAAAAUUAAUAAUGUACUAUACAUGUAAAUAAAAUUGUGUAUUUAUUUUACAA